AUGCCGCACCUCGAGGGCGUUAAGAAGCAAAAGAUCAACGCAUACAAUGUGUUGUUGCUGUGUUUUAUCGGCCUGGGGUCGUUGACCUAUGGUUACACAGCCUCGAUCAUCGGCACGACCCUGGGUCAACCUUCUUUUAUCGCAUACUUCAACCUCGCCACCAGAAGCAAUGGAACAGACCUGAUCAGUACUAUGAAUGGCCUGUUCCAGACCGGCGGCGUUAUUGGAACCUUGUUGCUCCCCUACGUCGCCGACCGAUGGGGUCGUAAAUGGGCAAUCGUCGUGCCGGCAGUCAUUGCAAUUAUCUCGGGGGCUUUCUUGGCUGGCAGCACCAAUGUCGGCGAGUUCUUGCUCUUUCGAUUCUUCGCGGGCGCCUCGGCGUUCAUGAUCCUUGCAGCUGUUCCGAUUUGGAUGUCGGAAGUCGUGCCAAUCGAUCUGAGAGGUGCACUGGUCGACGUUCAUGCCGUCUUUCUUAUUCUCGGCUAUACCAUCCAAGGAUGGGUUGGAUUUGGCUUCUUCUUCUGGCAUGGAGGCGAUGACACGUGGCGACCUCCUCUAGCUCUUCAAUGCGUCUGGCCUCUUCUCCUUCUCUGUGGUAUCUACUGGGUACCGGAAUCGCCUCGCUGGUUAGUCAUGCAGGGCCGCAUCGAUGAAGCCAAGGAGAUUCUCUUCAGAUUGCACUCGGAUCCCAGCGACCCCGACAACGAGUUCGCAAACGCAGAAUAUUACCAGAUCCAAAAGCAAAUCGCCAUCGACAAGACUCUGGGCAACUCGUGGAUGCACAUGAUCAAAAAGCCAUCCUACCGCAAACGAUGCCUGCUCGCAAUCGGAACUACAGGAAUCAUUCAGUGCUCUGGCGUUUUGGUUAUCAACAACUACGGACCGACCUUGUAUAAAAAUCUCGGAUUCAGCCCUGUCAAACAACUUCUCUAUCCGGCAGGAUGGCUCACCCUGACCCUGGGUAUCAACAUCAUGGCCAUGGCCCUGGUCGACCGCUUCCCACGAAACCGAUAUAUGGCAUUCGGUGUGCUGGGCUGCAUGGUCACCCUGAUCAUCGAGGCCGCUUUGGUUGCCCAGUUCGUGCCAUCCAACAAUCAUUCAGCCCUCCUUGCGGCUGUGGCCAUGUUCUACAUCUUCCAGAUCUUUUAUGGAUUCUGCCUUGAUGGCACCCAAUUCAGCUACCUCAACGAGCUGUUCCCCAGCCACAUCCGAGCCAAGGGCGUCUGCUUGGGCGUUUCGAUGAUUUCGCUCAUGAACAUUAUCUGGCUCCAGGCCGCUCCCACCGCUUUCGAGACCAUUGGAUGGAAGUUCUACCUCUGCUUCAUCAUCCCCGGGACGAUCGGUGGCUUCAUCAUGCUCAUCUUCUUCCCGGACACCAAGGGCAUGCCGCUGGAGGAAAUCGCCGCCAUUUUUGGCGACGCCGACGAGGUGGCCAUCUACCAGCGCGAGAUUGAAAUCGACCACGUCACCCACACCGUCGUCACCCACGGAGAUGGCGGGGAGAAGACCACUACGCCCGUAGUCACCGAGAAUCUCAAGACGGCCGAUGAUACUGUUUAA